AUGGUCAUUAAGCUAGCGAAUAGACCGAUUUUGUUCUUAUGGACGCUAUGUUGUAUACUCAGAUUUUGUGUCCCAGAUUCAAGCUAUAACUCAUCAUUUACACCAGAUCACAUACGAUAUCUCAAGAGUGAAACCACGCAGUUAUUCCAACAUGCAUGGAAGUCGUAUAUGGACUAUGGGUUCCCCUUUGAUGAAGUACGACCAAUCAGUUGUGAGCCAUAUGGACCUGAUUAUCGAGAUUACUCUAACACCGUGAGGAAUGAUGCAAUGGCAAAUAUUUCACUGACAUUGUUGGAUAAUAUUGACACAUUGAUAAUCAUGGAGCAAUGGGAUGACUUGGAGUUUGCACUAAGAUAUCUUAGGGAUAAUCAAGCUGAUUUUUUCAAUCAAGAUGCGAUUGUUCAAGUGUUUGAAACGACAAUUCGGUUCUUGGGUGGAUUGUUGAGUGCUCAUUUGAUUUUGACGGAUGUGACUAACAAAGACAUUGCACUACCGUCAUCAUAUGAUAGACUUAGGAAAAUUUCUGCAAACUAUGAUGGUUUCCUAUUGGAUAUGGCCUAUGAUCUAGGCCUUAGACUUAUACCAUCAUACAAGACAAAGACAAAUAUUCCCUUCCCACGAAUCAAUUUGAGAACGGGGUUGAAAAAAGUGCCACCUUCUUUACAAAAAGACGUGUGUACGUCAGGUGUGACGACACCAGUAUUGGAGUUCACUUUACUUUCUCGAUUAACUGGCGAUUUCCAAUUCGAAUACUACACGCAACAAUCAUUUUGGAAACUUUGGUCGUCUAAACUGGCUUUGAACUUGAUGCCAAUGUCUAUAGACCCAUUCUCAAAUCAAUGGAAAGAUACAAUAACAGGAAUUGGAGCAUCUAUUGAUUCCUUUUAUGAAUAUGCAGCCAAGUCAGCCAUUAUUUUUAAUGAUGAUGCAAUGUGGUCGGUCUUUCACACUUCUUACAAAGCAUUACUCACUCAUCUGGCACAAGUGAAUCAUGAUACGAUGAUAUUUCCCAAUGUGGGAACCGAGGAUGGUGUUAUUUUUAGUGAUUGGAUAGAUUCGCUAGGAGCCUUUUGGUCCGGAUUACAAGUAUUGACUGGCCACUUGACUCAUGCAAUCAGGACACAUGUAGUGUAUUUGAAAAUAUGGGACUAUUUUGAUCUGAUUCCUGAGAGAUGGAUCUAUGUUCACCAUAAUAGAAACAAGAGGAAAAAAUUCAAAGCUGAUGAUUCAAUUGCAUUGGAAUGGUAUCCUUUAAGACCAGAGUUUAUUGAAAGUACCUAUUAUUUAUAUCGUGCAACAAAAGAUCCAAUGUAUUUGCAUAUAGGAGAAAGAAUCCUUGAUUUAUUCAAUACUAAAUUCAAAGCUGAAUGUGGAUUUAGUGGAAUACAAAAUAUCAAAACUGGAGAACGACAAAAUAGAAUGGAAACUUUUGUCUUGGGAGAAACUUUAAAGUAUUUGUAUUUGUUAUUCGAUGAGGAAGAUGAGGUGUUUCUUCAUAGACCUGAGUUGAUGGGCUCAAAGAAUUGGGUAUUUUCAACUGAAGCGCACCCAUUGUGGUUCCACAAAGGUUUGAGUAAAAGGCGAAGCUCUCAAUUCAAUGCCUACGCAGCUGGCGUUAUUCCCAGUGAUAUAACUGAUGAACAAUUCACACCAGCAAUUAUCAGAAAUACCACAGUUCGAAAGUCUCGCAUGUAUGAAAUUCCAGGUCAUGAUACAAUACCGUAUGUUGGAAAAAAAGACCCAUUUUCUGACCGAUUCGAUACAUGCGAAUUGAACCCAUUGGUGAAAAGUACAAAUGGCCUUCUUAAAUCGAGUUAUUACAAUUGGUCGAAUUUAUUUGGGGCGGAUUUUGUAUAUUCCAAGUCAUUAAUUAAGCCACUGUACGCCAACAAAACUAAUUUGGAUGGCAGUUAUAUCGAAUUGAGUCGAUCGUUCUUUGAUAAGUUUACCACUUUUGAUACACCACUAACUUCCAAAAGGAUGCCAUCAACAACUAGUUAUGAAGUGUUUUGGGGAGAUAUAAAGGAUUCUGGUUUUGCCGAGGUGUCGGAGUUGACAUUUAUCGGACAAAACACAACCGAGUCCAUCAUCUUGCCUGGUGAUUUAUGGGUUCCAGCUUUACUGGGAUUGAGAAUCAUGGUGGAAGAGUUGAAAUUGGGCUCAAUUGAAUCAAGAAAUGUUGUAGUUAUGGAAGAACAUAUUCUGCGCAUUCAAGAUGAUAGCACCAACGAUAAUUCCAUAAAGAUGGCUCCCGAUACUAUAUUGAGGAUCAGGAGAAUCAAUGGGGUAGAAGUCAAACAGGGAGCUAUAAUUUGGACAUUGCCGUUUGAACCUAGUCCAGGGGAUAAAGGUGAAAUCCGUAUUACUAAAGAAGGGCGCAUUGUCAUACAAGGAAAUGUUGUCGAGAACUUGAUUGUAUGGUAUGGAUAG